AUGUUUUCCGUCCAAGCUCAAACUGACGACAACCUGAAAAAUUCCACUGCAACUAAGUUGCGCGACCGUGAACUCACCGCCAAUAUUGUUGCUGAUAUAGGACAUGAUUGGGCUGGCGGAGUCGUUCAUAUGUUCAUCGAGUACUCUGAUGAUCAUAACCUCGUGUGUACGCUGUUAAUUCCUGUUGCAGGACGGAUGUCCGUAUCGUUUCCAUGUUGGUCCAGAGUAAGUAAUGCUGUCGAGGAUCCGCUGACGAAAACCUCCGUGGCACAAGAUCAAGUGAUUCAGCUAACAGGAGAGGACGGUGACUGGUACACCGUGAAAACUCUAGAUGAACAGUUCGGUAGAGUACCCAAGAUCCUAACUAAUGUGAUCGCCAAUCCAUUGCGAUCUCAAAACGAAAAGGUUUACUGCUCAAUAGCGCAGUACGAUGCACAAAGAGAUGGUGAUCUGUCAUUCGGGAUUUUCACUAUUCUCGUCUCUGAAGCGGUAACUGCGGAAGGUUGGCAUACAGGCGUCGUAGUGACGGAUGCUGGUAAGCGACUCGGCGGAAGCGGAACUUUCCCAGGAACUUACGUGACUGAGCUUACUGGGUUUGUGGCUCCGGCCGCUGUUCCUCCCGCUAUUCCAUCCUCAUUCACGACAAAUUUCACUGACGUGCGCUUUCGAGAGCAAAUGGCGAGCAGUUCCAACUACAAUGUUCGUCCAUAUGCAAGAGCUGUAUAUCCUUUUACGGCCGAAUUCUCCAAUGAGCUGACCCUCAAUGUCGAUGACAUUGUAACUCUAACGAAGAGGAUUGACAAAGAUUGGCUCGAAGGUAGUGUAAAUGGUAAGACAGGCAUAUUCCCUCAAUCGUUUGUCCAAAUAGUUGUUGAUCUACCUGGUGAUGUCUCUGGUGAAACAGAGAACAAGAGGCAUAGCUCUGCUGAAGAGGGCAUUGGGUUUGCCAUUGUUCGUCACGAUUUCACUGCAAGACAGAGCGACGAACUCACUGUAAAAAUGGGAGAUUCUGUUAGAAUACUUAAAAUGGUCAGCACAGACUGGGUUUCAUGCAAGGAUCCUAGCACAGAUGCUUCAGGAAUCGUACCUGUAACAUUUUUGGAGCUCUAUCUUGACGAAGAUGAGGAAGACGGUCGUGAUGGCCCAUCUACGCACACUCGUCCGGCUAGUAUGAGUGAACAAAGUUUUUCAACCUUAGCAAGUGGAUCGUUCAGUGCACCGCUAUCAAUUCAAGACUGGCGAACCUCCACGAGGCUUGAAGAACCAAUACAACCCCUUGCGAGUGCUAAAACGCACGAGUGGGCUACGUUUGGGGAUGAUUGGAAUAGCACAGGUGAGAAGAAACCACCUCCAGCUCGACCUCCUCCACCAAAAACAAGCUUGUCACCGUCGGAGAUGGUUUCGGUCACAGAAAUGUUCGGCAUGGCUGAGAAACAGGAUGCUAAAACAAUAACUGCAACUAUCUCGAACGUUAAUUUAAACCAAGAGGAGAAGCGUUCAAAAGUACUAGAGGAGCUGAUAAAUACGGAAUUGCAGUUUAUCACUGACAUAAAUGCGUACACCGAGGCAGUGGAUGGUAGCACUCGUCUUUCUACUAAGCAAAAAGUGAUAAUGAAAAAUGGAUGCGCCCAAGUCGUCGAGUUGGCUCGCGCACUCGUGCAGGGGCUUACCAAUGAACAGAUGAAACCUGUCGAACAGCAAAUGAUCGGUGAAUGUUUCUUGAGGCUUCGUAAAUCAUUUGCUAGCACCUACGGAUACUACUUCCGCAAUAUCGACCAUAUAAACUCUCUUUUAAUGGCUUCGAAAACGGAUCCUAAGAUAGAAACUGCUCUUCGUGAACUGGUUGUUCGCAUGCGUGCAAGUGGAGCUGGUGUGUUCGAUGCUUCUACUGCUGUUAGUCGUCCUGUUCAGCGCUGCGUCAAAUAUCCGCUAUUUCUAAGUGAAAUUGCGAAGUAUACAGCAAUAACUCAUCCGGAUCAUCCUAAGCUGCUUGAAGCAGUCAAACAAUUAUCGCAUCUUGGCUCAAAGAUGAACGAAAGCAAGAGGAGGAAAGAGCUAACGCGAAAGUACAGCGAGGAGCAGUCGAAUACCUCUCUUGGUGACAAACUUUCAAAAUUCACAGUGCACUCCAUCAAGAAGAAAACGAAUCGCUUCACUUAUCGCAUGGGAUCAUCCCUUGGUGUGGUUAAAGUGACAAGAGAUGCCGAUUUCGACCGUCUUGUCUGCGAACUAGAUCAAGCUGAACGACGUCUCGUCCGUUUUAACUACAUGCUUGUAAUCUAUAGAAAGAAGAUGUUCUACGAAACAAGACAACUAAUUCAAAAGAGGUUAAUCGAACCAAGAAAACGAGAGAUUCCCGGAGUGAGCGCCGAUGCACAAACUUUUCCUUUCCACGAGAUGAUCAAAGAUUUAGCAAUUGAUCUCAACAGCAAAGUUAGAGAUGAAAUUGUUAAAGCGUUGCGUGCCAUCCCUAAGAAGCUAAUCCGUAAAAGGAACGACAAACUCAUGGAUUAUGAAGCGGCCAAAUCAAGCAAUAAAGUGAAGUCGGAUUUUAUGUCGAAGUUCAAGGAUUUCGAAGCGUUGAACAAUCAAGUCAAGCAAACUUUGCCGAAGGUGAUCGAUGUAUUAAACUGUGUAUUGCGAGAUGCUAUGAAAACUGUUGAUGAACUGGAUAAUAACCUGAUUUCGCGCAUACGCUCAAAAUUCCAGGAAGAAAUCACUGCUUAUCAGAACGAUCCACUGGCAAGCUCGUCGCGCUUGAUUGUUCCGGGAAUGAGCUGUUUUGCCAACUAUUAUGAUCCAGAUAGAUUAAAACCUCUUCACAAUAUUGUGAAUAAGGCAUCAAAAUUUGUACGUUUGAACAGCACAAAUUUAGCCCCUAGCAUUCAGAAGAAUGAGGGGAAUUCUGAGGUGGUCGCGAAGGCAGAUGAUUGGAAGAGUUUCGGUGGAGAAAGUUUCCCUUCCGCUCAAAAUACAGCAGUUCAUUCUUUAGCGGAAAAGAAGGCGUUUCGUGCACAGACGGACGAGGAGCGGUCUCAAAUCCUCGUAAAAGCUGAUUUAAAAAAUCGCCGUGCGGACAUCUAUCGUUGCAUGUCGGAAUGGCCAUCAACAGCAGAAGCGCUAGAGUUGAACAGAGUUAGCGGUAAAAUGUUGAUCGUACGACCGGGUGAUGCGGUGCUCGCCGUGAGGAAGGAUCCAUGUAACAUGUGGCUCUGUUACAACGGAUACUACAAUGCACUACUACCUAGUACGAUUCUGACGCCUUGGUACGGUCCAGAUGGUGUAGGAGGAAUAGAACUCGGUAUUGAUGCUAUCACACUCUCAAACAGAGUUAAUCCAAUGUUAAACCGUCCUCACAGUACCCCACCAAAACAACAAAGCACCAAUCUUAUCGAUCUGGAUGAUGAUUUAAUUGGUCCCACCGUGGGAGCUGGUCAGCCUCUUACAUGUACUCUUGCCCCAUUAACACCGAUCCCUGUUGGUGCAGCUGCGUCAAUGUCUUCAUUAGAGCCGGAACUACCGGUCAUUGAUUGGGGUGCACCCAGCAACGGUCAACCUCAAGCUCGAGCUCCUUCGCUUCCUAAUCUAGCUACUCAGAACUCACCGGUAUUUCCAGUGACCUUCGAUGAAAAUGCAUCAUUCACCCCUGGACCCACUCAAUUACCACCAGCACCUUCAAGAACGCAUCAAAAUACCGCUGUGACGCAAGCUAACAGCAAUGGGCAAGAUGCGUUUACUAUGAUGUGGGAACAGAUCAAGAAUGUACCGUUGAGCAACAUUACACAAAGGAGCGAAUCGCCACAGCCUGUCAUUCCCUCUCGACCUGCAUUCGAAUCCGCUGUUACAGCACCUUCGUCAACGUCCUUUCCAAUGAACUCAGUACAAAAUCAAGGGGGCAGUUACGCCAUCCAUAGACCUGCACCCGUUAAACCAUCUUUCAUUGCCGAUAGUUCAGCAGCUGUUGCUCCCAGUUCUGCUUUGUACAGUGUGCCUCCGCAGUACGAUGUUGUGCCUGGUAGCAAUCCCAUUUCGCCCACGCACGCAUCUUCAUCUGGAAAUAUCUAUCCUGUCCUCUACGAAGAACCACCCGUGGAGUCAGUGUAUCCGAACAUUCCUAUGUAUGAUACACCUCCGGCUGAAAAUGGAAAACUCCCAUCGAUUGGAAAAAUGACUGCGCUGUUUGACUUCAAGCCAGUUGGUCCAAACCAGCUUGAAAUAACGGCAGGAGAGAAACUUGAUCUUAUUCAGGCGCAUGACGACGGCGGAAACACCGAAUGGAUUUGGGUACAACGACCAAAUGGCGAGCAUGGUUUUGUGCCAGCCGCUUAUUGUAAGGCGGUUUAA